CGUGGAUUUGUGUAAGACUAGUGUUUGUAAGGAACUGGUUUUCUUCUCAUUCUUCCAUCUAAGGAAGGCUAACAGUAUGGACCACCAGCAGGACUCCAAAAGCAAACUGGAGUCCCCUCUAAUUGCAACAUCAGAGAGUGGUGUUGAACAUGGUGGAAAGAGUCUGAGAAAAGCAGAGAUAUUGACAGAACUGAAGCAGCAAACCCAGUUGGCAGCACCACUAGUUAUUGUUAAUUUCGUGCAGUACAGUUUACAAAUGAUGUCCAUCAUGUUUGUUGGUCGUCUUGGAGAACUUUCUCUUUCAAGUGCUUCAAUGGCUACUUCAUUUGCUGGUGUCACUGGUUUCAGUUUCAUGCUGGGAAUGGUUGGUGGACUGGAGACAUUGUGCGGACAAGCUUAUGGAGCAAAGCAGUACCACAUGCUUGGUGUGCAUCUGCAGAGGGCUACUCUUGUUCUUGCACUUGCCAGCAUUCCUAUUGCACUUACUUGGUCAUGUACAGAGCAGAUCUUCAUAUUCUUCAAACAAGACCCACAAAUUUCUAGACAAGCAGGUGUAUUUGCUUGGUGGCUGAUCCCUAGUAUUCUUCCUUAUGGUCUCCUUCAAUGCCAAUUUAGAUUCCUACAAAGUCAAAAGAUGACAGGUCCAUUGAUGAUAAGUACUGGAAUUUCUAGUUUGCUUCAUGCCCUGACGUGUUGGACAUUAAUAUUUGGAUUUGGGUUGGGAAGUAGAAGUGCUGCAUUGUCCAUUGCAAUCUCUUAUUGGAUCAAUGUGAUUAUGUUGUCAAUUUAUAUCAAGUUCUCCCCUAAAUGCUACAAAACUUGGACCGGUUUCUCCCGAGAUGGAAUGAAAAACCUUUCUAGUUUUCUCAGGUUGGGUAUCCCUUCAGCUCUUAUGGUCUGCUUAGAGUUCUCAGCAUAUGAGUUAUUGGUCCUAAUGUCAGGUCGUCUUCCCAAUCCAAAGCUGGAAACAUCCAUGAUGUCAAUCAGUCUUUCCACGAGUGUACUUGCCUUCAGAAUCCCAUAUGGCUUUGGUAGUGCUGUGAGCACGAGAGUUUCAAAUGAACUGGGAGCUGGAAAACCAAAAGCUGCACGCCUCGCAGUUCAAGUUGUUCUGUUUCUAGCAUUGGCACAAGGGUUGUUGUUGAGCCUAAUUGCAGUUGCAGUAAGGGACAUAUGGGGUUACUUAUACACAAAUAAUGAAGAGUUGGUGAGGUAUUUGGCGUCGGUAAUGCCAGUACUCGCUCUUUCCAACUUCAUGGAUGGAAUCCAAGGCGUACUCUCAGGUACUGCUAGAGGGUGUGGUUGGCAGAAGAUUGGUGCAGCAGUGAAUUUAGGAGCUUAUUACCUUGUGGGGCUUCCUUGUGCUAUAACCUUGACUUUUGUCUUCCAUUCUGGAGGGAAAGGACUUUGGAUGGGAAUUAUAUUUGGAAGUAGUCUGCAAGCAGUUGUUCUAUUGCUGCUCACCAUGCACACAAACUGGGAGCAGGAAGCAAAGAAGGCCAGAGAGAGACUGAAUGCUGCGUGUCUCUUACACGAUGCAGCGCCAGAAGGCGUUUAGCAGGCAUCUUCUCCUUUCUAAGAAUUCCAAACAUA